GCAACCAGAAGCGGCUUUACCAAACAGACAGACACAUUCACGAGCAGCAACUAGUUAGCGUUUCGAUUGCUGGGAAGGUUCAACUCGUCAAAUUCCAACAUGUCUACGAGGACCCUGCCGCUGCUCUUUAUCAACCUCGGCGGAGAAAUGCUGUACAUUCUGGACCAGCGGCUUCGAGCGCAGAAUAUACCCGCAGACAAAGCUAAGAAAGUUUCCACUGUAGCAGCCUGGAUAGAGGAGGACAGAAAGAGAGUUAUGAACGAUAUCAUCACCACCAUGUUCAACAAAAAGUUCCUGGAGGAGCUUUUUAAGCCGCAGGAGCUUUAUUCCAAGAAGGCCCUGCGGACCGUGUUUGACAGGCUGGCCCACGCGUCCAUAAUGAGACUCAAUCAGGCCAGCAUGGACAAGCUCUAUGACCUGAUGACAAUGGCUUUCAAAUACCAAGUGCUUCUCUGUCUCCGACCUAAGGACAUCCUCCUAGUCUCCUUCAACCACAUGGAUGCAAUCAAAGACUUUGUGAAAGAUACCCCCAGCAUUCUGAGCCAGGUUGAUGAGACUUACCAGCAACUAAUAGAGAUUUAUACACCAUUGUCUAAUGGAGAAUUCCAACUGAUUAGGCAAACUCUUCUGAUUUUCUUCCAAGACAUGCACAUCAGGGUGUCCAUUUUCCUGAAGGACAAAGUGCAGAACUCAAAUGGCCGCUUUGUGCUUCCCACUAGUGGUCCUGUGCCUCGUGGAACCCAGAUCCCUGGUUUGAUAAGGAUUUUUAGCUGUGCUGGUGAAGAGUUGACCAGAUUACAGUUUAAUAAUGGAGGAAACUAUAGUUCUGCACAACGGGAAGGAUCUUUUGAGAUUUUUGGAGAUAGAGUCACGAAGCUUGGGACAAACAUGUACAGUGUAAGUCGCCCUGUUGAAACACACAUGUCUGGCACAUCUAAAAGUUCUGCUCAGCACACAAAGGUCAAUACUGUCCCAAACCCUCUGGCCAAAGAGGAACUGAAUCUGCUGGCCAGGUUAAUGGGAGGUCUAGAAGUUCAGAAACCAGGAAGCACAGACACUGGUUUUCGGGUAAAUCUGUUUGCCACGGAUGAAGAAGAAGAGGAAGCAUUGAUAUCAAGACCCGAUGACCUUUCGUAUGGAAUCGUAAACAUCCAAGCAACGAAGGAUCAGCAGGCCAAUGCGGAACUGGCCAAGAUCAUGGGAGAGUUCACAGAGUCUGGAGAGCAGUCGCCAAGUGCCAGCAGCAAAGGAGACGACCUUUUGGCCAUGAUGGACGGUUUGUGACGUAAUAGCCCCGACAGAAAUCCCCAGUGCAAUGAGAACUGUCUACACUACUAAAGAUCUGCCUGCACUGCGGUUAUAACCUGCACGUAUCCAGCAGCAAGCUCACACUCGGCCACAAGGCUUCGUUCUGCUCUGGUGGUGCUUUUAAGAUGCGUAUGUGAGCAGGGACUGCCGUUGGUCAUAAACAGAUGUUUUUUUUUUGUUUUUUUUUUUUUUGCAAAUAACAACAAAGAAUGUACCAUGAGGAAAGUGACACCAAGGUGCAACAGUAAGUUUUCUGUAAACCAAGUAGACUUUGCUAUUUUUAACAGGAAAUACACUAGGUUUGUAUGAAUAUGUUGAACACGUGGAUGUGGUAAUAGCAUUUGUUUUCCGCCAGCUCUAAAUAAAGUACACAUUCCUUUUACUUCACACAAUAGGUUUUCAUUUGAUUGAGAAUGUCUCUAACAGUUAUAAUUACAUAGGCAAGGCAAGUUUAUUUAUAUAGCACUUUUCAGUAACAAGAUGAUACAAAGUGCUGACAAGACAAUACAUGUCUGUGAUGACUACAUCACAUUGUGGCUGUUUUUUGGGCCGUGUGGCUCCAAAUGUAUUAGAUUUUAUUUCCACUGAAUAUGGUUUUCCUGUACCAAAUGCUAGUCUAGAAUGUACAUAAACUCGUCAUGGGUAUAAAUGUCGUAAUAAUUCUGCUCUUUUAACUUCUUUUUUUGAGAGUGGACUGAUGAUACGACACACUACUGCAUUCUCUUUUUCAACAAGAAUUUUGUGCACAACUGUGAAUUUCUUGUGACAUUUUCAUUAGACAUGCUGCCCCACUAAUAUUUGGAUCCCCUUUAGCUAUUUGCAUCUUGACCCCAACCUUUCUGUGGUCAUCAGUGGGGGUCCUGGUUGAAUAUUUGACAACUGCAUUUAUCAGAAACGUCAAAGCUCAUCAAGGUUGCUUGGUAUCCUGGGAUGAAGUCAACUUUGAAACACAUUCCAAACGUUUUCAUAUAGGGUCAGGUUUAUGAUGGGUUUUGGAUUUGGUGGAUUGAAAGUUGGUUUAAACAUCCUGACCAGUUUCUCUCCAUCUGAGAUGACAGUUUGGGUCAGAUGGUUUAUAGCCAAACACACAAAGUGGUCUACACUGAGCUUCUGGAAUGGCUCCAACCUCGACCCUAAUGAAUGUGUGGAAUAUUUUGAAAAGUGAUCUUUGACUCACAAGAGUAAACUAAUUUAAAUGAGCUUCUAUCACUUCUGUUAAGAAUAGUGGUCAAACAUUUAGCCAGAAUAGUGCCAGAAGCUUGGUUAUGGUUACAAAAAGCUUGUGGCUUCUAUGGGACAUUAUACAGCAAAAACAAUUUAAAUGGUUUUCACUUAAUCAGUCCACCCUAAAAAAUUAAUAAUUCAGGUAAAUUCAGGUUAAAUAUCCCAAACUGCAAUGGCAUUCAUGUCCACGAUGAGUGUAUGUAAACAUCUGAUCAGCACUGUAACUUUAUAGAGGGUGAAAAGAUGUGCUUUGUCGCUUCUGUUCCACAAGUCAAUAGUGACAGGUUGCAGGAAUCAGAGGAAUCCAAAGUGCUCUAUCCUAUUUUGAUUAAGAAAGAGCAAUAAUAGUAAUAAUUGCUCCCUUGAUUAUGUAUUUUGUUAAUACAUUUUUUCUCCUUUAAAGCUGCUGUACAGCUACUACUGUAAGGUAGUUUCAAUAGUUUAAAUAUUUCAAAACUGUUCCUCUACAGAGUGAAGUAAAUUUAUGUUUAGAUGUAAUGCAAUGGCGUGCUGCUGAGUAUCGUGUUUUAAUACACAGCAAUGCAAUAUGAGAAACGGUCUAAUAUGUACAUAUUUUUAUGGAAAUAUAUUUAUUAAAUUCAAUAUUUAUGUGUCUUGGAAGGGUGGGUUUCAUAGGUUACUGAAUGUGCAAUUUAGUAUUUUAAGUACAUUUACAAAGACAUCACCAGCAUGGUAAUUGGCAGAUACCUAUAAUGCAGAUGCAUCUUAAUAAAUUAAAAUCUAAUGGAAAUUGUAA